AAAGAAAACACCUUUUUGAGAACACACACACACACCAUUCACAAAAAACGACCCCAAAAAAACCAUUGCUUGUCUCUAAUCCAGACUCCCCAACGCUUAUAAUGCAUGCUUCUCAAAUGUGAAUUGGCGAAACCCGCGUUGCAAUCACGUUUCUUGGAUCCAUAAACCCCUAAAAGUCUCAUCUUUUGAAGAUAUCAACACUCACAUUCUUGCGCAGAAGAAGAUCUUCAAAUGGGUGGGCGCUGCUCCAAGUUUUCACACUGUUGGUGGCCUUCCCAUCUCAAGCCUGCAGCUCUCCAAUCGUCUGAUCCGGAAAAUGGGGAGAUGGAUUCGCUGCCGAGCUUCAGGGAGUUCAAAUGGGACGAGCUGAAGGCUGCAACUGAUGGGUUCUGUUCAGACAAUAUUGUUUCAGAGCAUGGGGAGAAGGCUCCUAAUGUUGUAUACAAAGGCUUUCUUGAGAAUGAGGGGUGGGUUGCUGUAAAGCGCUUCAAUAGGUCUGCUUGGCCUGACUCUCGUCAGUUCUUGGAUGAGGCAAAGGCAGUGGGGAGCCUCAGAAGUGAGCGGCUGGCGAAUCUGGUGGGAUGUUGCAUCGAAGGGGAAGAGAGAUUGCUGGUGGCAGAGUUUAUGCCUAAUGAGACACUGGCUAAGCAUCUUUUUCAUUGGGAGGACCAGCCUAUGAAAUGGGCGAUGAGGUUAAGAGUGGCCUUGUAUUUGGCCCAAGCUUUGGAGUACUGCUCCAAUAAGGGACGGGCGUUGUACCAUGAUCUCAAUGCUUACAGAGUCUUGUUUGAUCAGGAUGGCAAUCCGAGGUUGUCUUGCUUCGGGCUGAUGAAAAAUAGUAGAGAUGGCAAGAGUUACAGCACAAACUUAGCCUUCACUCCUCCUGAGUACUUGAGAACUGGAAGAGUGACUCCGGAGAGUGUGGUUUACAGCUUCGGGACCAUGCUGCUAGACCUUCUAAGUGGCAAGCAUAUACCUCCGAGCCAUGCGCUUGAUCUCAUCCGGGGAAAGAAUUUUCUGAUGCUGAUGGAUUCUUGUUUGGAGGGCCACUUCUCCAACGAUGAUGGAACUGAGUUGGUUAGAUUAGCUACCCGCUGUUUGCAAUACGAAGCACGAGAGAGGCCAAAUGCUAAGUCUCUCGUCACUUCUCUUGUGUCUCUUCAGAAAGAAGAUGAGGUUCCUUCGUACGUUCUACUCGAAGUUCCACAAGGGACCUCAAACAGUACUCCACAACUGCAGCUGAGCCCCAUGGGUGAAGCAUGCUUGAGAAUGGAUCUCACUGCCAUACAUGAAAUCUUGGAUAAAAUCGGGUACAAAGACGACGAAGGGAUUGCCAACGAGCUCUCGUUCCAAAUGUGGACAAAUCAAAUGCAGGAGACUCUGAAUUCAAAGAAGCACGGUGAUGCUGCUUUCCGAGCUAAGGAUUUCACAACUGCCAUCGAUUGUUACACACAAUUCAUAGAUGGAGGGACAAUGGUGUCACCAACGGCCUAUGCUCGUCGGUGUUUGUCGUACCUUAUGAGCGAGAUGGCCAACGAAGCCCUUGCUGAUGCAAUGCAGGCGUUGGUGGUGUCACCGGAUUGGCCGACUGCAUUGUACCUUCAAACGGCUUCGCUGUUUGCACUUGGAAUGGAGAAUGAUGCUCAAGAAUCACUCAAAGAGGCAACAAAGUUGGAAUCGAAAAGAAACAGACCGUAAAGAAUUGUAUAGAGAUCAAUACUUGCUGAUGAUUUGAUGUAUUUAGCAACACUUUGAACACUAAGUGAUCAAUCAUAUGAUAUUGAUUUCUUACUUUCAUUUUUGUGUGUAAUGAAAACUUUAGCUGUUGUUUAUACAGACAGCUUUUUUUAAUUUUAUGGAAUGAAAAUUGCAAUAUUUUGAAA